UUUGCAGAGUAUUAAUCGAAUUGGUUUACUUUAUGCUGAUAACAAAAAAAUGAAAAUGAAAUGGUAGGGCUAAACGGUAAUAACAAUUUCUGCGAGAAACAUAUGAAAUGGUGUAAAGUUCGAUUCAAGUAAAACGCAUCAACGGUUGCAAAUGUGAUUCGUGCGACGACAACGAUGUAUAAUAUCGCCAAGGCUGCGUUUCGAAACAAAAACUCCACUGUAGCUUCGCUCCUCUGCUCUCACCAGUCUCGCUCAAUCUCCAGUAAACUAGUUAAGCCCGAGAGAAUGGCUGAGAAAGAAGAAGACAAGAAAGUAACUCGUGUUCUGUUCUGCGGCCCUCACUUACCUGAUUCCUACAACUUCACUAGAGAUUACUUGCAGCCUUACCCUUUUAUUCAGGCAGAUGUUGCCCAUUUCCGUGAUGUUCCUGAGGUUAUAAAGAAUUAUCAUAUAUGUGUGACUUUGUUGAUGCAAAUGGAUUCGUUUGUUAUCUCACGUGCCACCAACAUGAAGCUUAUUAUGCAGUUCGGUGUUGGUCUCGACGGUGUUGACAUUGAUGCUGCUACUAAACAUGGGAUCAAGGUCGCUAGAAUCCCCAGUGAGGGUAACGGCAACGCAGCCUCUUGUUCUGAAAUGGCUAUUUAUCUCAUGCUUGGCCUCCUUAAGAAACAGAAUGAAAUGCAGAUGUCUGUGCAAAGCAGACUACUCGGACAGCCAACCGGUGGAACUCUUCUCGGUAAAACUGUGUUUAUCUUGGGAUAUGGUAACAUUGGAAUAGAGCUGGCUAAACGGUUGAAGCCGUUUGGGUCGAGAGUCAUAGCUACAAAAAGAAGUUGGCCUGCUUCUGUUAUGAACUCAGACUCCAGUCUAGUUGAUGAGAAAGGUAGCCACGAAGACAUUUACACAUUCGCGAGUAAAGCAGAUAUAGUAGUUGUGUGCUUGAGGCUGAGCAAAGAAACGGUAAAAUCAACUUCUUCAUUAAUGUAUGCAUUGGUGUGUGUAACUGAUAUGUUUAUACAUUGGUGUUCUCAGGCUGAGAUCGUGAACAACAAGUUCAUAUCUUCAAUGAAAAAGGGUGCUCUUCUUGUAAAUAUUGCUAGAGGCGGUCUGAUCAACUAUGAAUCAGCUUACCAGAGUCUGGAGUCCGGUUAUCUUGGAGGCCUAGGGACUGACGUGGCGUGGUCUGAGCCGUUUGAUCCAAACGAUCCGAUCUUGAAGUUUAAAAACGUAAUCAUGACCCCUCAUGUCGCUGGAGUUACUGAGUUUUCAUAUAGGUCCAUGGCCAAGGUGGUCGGAGAUGUUGCCUUACAGUUGCAUGAAGGACUUCCUCUCACCGGAAUCGAACUGGUUAACUGAUGAGAUAGCUUUGACAAGAACCAUGUUUAGAUCAUAAGCUGUAUUUAUUUUACUCGAGUUUAGAAUACAGAGAAGCUUUUGUGACUAGUCUAUUGACUCGAUAAACUUAUACUGUAAUCUUUCCGGUUCUGUCUAGAGUGUUGGAGACGCA